AUGUCGCGGUCGACAUGGAGAUCGCGUCCAGUCGACGUUGGACGCGAAAGCAAAAGUACACGCGGAAACAUGUCUCGUCGACGCCAUGGCCAAAUGGAGACUAGCAGCUCCGUACAACACGUUGCGUGGAUCGGACCAAAUGGGCCGGCUCGAAAGUGGGCAAAGGAAGAGGCGAACGUGAGGUCAACCGGACGCCGUGACUGGGUAAGCACAGGCUCGUGCCGUUCAGCAGCAAGAAGCGCCCGCUUGCGAGGACAAGAACGACGGUCGGGCAGACGCGGCGCGAUGGGGCCGACGAUAAUGUCUGGAACGCCAGAGCGUAAAGUGGUUCACCAGAUGGCCGCAGCACAGAAAAAGGGCAAACUGGCGAACGAACCGAAAAGUGAUACAAACAGACAAAAAGGAAGAAGGGGUAUGUUUUUGCAGUAA